AUGCUACUACGAUUUAUCUUGUCAACUUUGUGUCUCGUUUUGAGUGUCGCAUCCGCAAAACACAGGCCGACGGUCUAUCUCAUUCGCCAUGGUGAGAAGCCCGCAGACAAGAACGAGCAUGGACUCUCGCCAGAAGGAGAGUUGCGCGCACAGUGUCUGCGACAUGUUUUCGGCAAGCGCUCGGAGUAUAAUAUCGGAUAUAUCAUAGCGCCACACACCAAGAGAAAUGGCGAACACGGUCGUUCCCUUUUCACCGUCCAGCCGUUGGCCAAGGAUCUCGGCCUGACGGUCGACACUCACUGCAAGCGGGGGAAGGUGAGAUGCGUGGUGGAAGCCAUUCAUUCAUACAAAGGACCGGGCAAUAUUUUGAUAUCAUGGCGACAUGGACCUAUGGGGAAGAUCGUGGAGGCGCUUGGGGAUGGCGUGCCCAUCGAGUAUCCGGACGAGCGGUUCGAUCUCAUAUGGACAGACCCAUGGCCUUAUGGGAAGGUAGUGGAUAUUGCGAGUGAAGAAUGCCCUGUGCUGGACAUAGAACCUGGUCUCGUGGACCAUCAUGCGCAGGCAUUUGACGGCCUACUGUCCUUGAUCCCCGCCAAAUACUACUACGGCGAGGAAGAUACCAGUGAUCAAUGGCAACGCAAAAAGCAGACCAAAGAACAAGCCCGCGAAGCAAAGCGUGCGAAGCUGGACCCCGAGGCCGCUAAGACCGCCAAAGACGUGAUGGAUGAGAACGCUCGCAAGCGUAAGCGGGAGGAUGGGACCCUCGAGUCCGACGGGUCCGACGGAGAGCUAGGCACAGAGAACCCCAAGGAGGGAUUGAACCGCGGAACCGCCAACCCCAAGAAGCAGAAGCCUGUCGAAAAGUCUGAUAAGGCAGACCCCGCCAAGGCAGCCGCCGCAGAGGAGCGCAGAAAGCAAAAGGAAGAGAAGAAGGUUCAAAAGAAGGCCAGCCAAAAGGAAAAGAAGAAGGCCAAGGAUCUUGCACGCAAGGAAAAGACCCAGGAAAAGAAGCCGUCGACCACUCCCAAUGAGGAAUCGGAAAAAUCUGCAACCAAGCCUAACGGCACUGCAGCGAAGGGUGAUGAAGAGUCUGCGGAUGAAGAUGACGACGAAGAGGAUGAUGGUGUUGUCGAAGAGGGAUUCUCUAUCGAAUUCAACCCCGAACAGGAAAACCCAUCUACUUCCUCAUCCACACCCCACUCCCCCGAUGCCUCAAAUCCCCAAUCCGGCAGCUCUUCUUCCUCUUCCAUCGUUCCCCCCUCCGCCUCCACCGAAGCCAAAUCCUCAGAGCCUAAACCCCUCAAGCACACCCCCGAAGAGCUUAAGCAGCGGUUACAAAAGCGUCUGGACGAGCUCCGUGCCAAGCGCCACGCAGAUGGCCUUAACGGCAAGCCCGCCCGCAACCGCCAGGAGUUGAUCGAAGCCCGCCGCCAAAAGGCCGAGCAAAGAAAGACGCACAAGAAGGAGCUACGCCAAAAAGCCAAGGAUGAGGAACAGUUGAAGACUGACGAGGCCAUGGCCCGCCGUUUCUCCCCCGGUGGUUCUGGAUCCCUACUUGCUUCUCCCCGCUCCCCCGCCGAGUCUGUUGGUUCAAACAGCAACAACUUCGCUUUCGGGCGUGUUAUGUUCACCGACGGACAGCAGACCGAUAUCGCCGGUGAAGUCCGCGACAAGCACAAGUCCAGCGGUGCCCGUGACCCAGCUGCCCAGCUCAAGGCCGUCGAGGCCAAGAAAGCUCGCCUCGCUGAGAUGGACCCCACCAAGCGCGCUGAUAUCGAAGACAAAGAUCUCUGGCUGAACGCCAAGAAGCGUGCCCACGGUGAGCGUGUUCGUGAUGACACCUCCCUCCUCAAGAAGGCUCUUAAGCGCAAGGAGACUGCGAAGAAGAAGUCCGAGCGCGAGUGGAAGGACCGUCUCGACACCGUCGUCCGCUCUAAGGAACAACGCCAGUCGAAGCGCGACGAAAACCUCCGCAAGCGCAGAGAUGAGAAGGGCAACAAGGGUGGCAAGAAGAAGCCCUCCAGCGGCGGAAAGAAGAAGGCUCGUCCCGGAUUCGAGGGCAGCUUCAAGGGUGGCGGCAAGAAGAAAUGA